UUAAAACUCUAAUCAGUUAUUUACGAAAUAAGGAAUAUAUUGAAAACAAACAACUAGACAAAUCCUACGUGAAACCCUCAUAAAAUGGUUAUGUAGCCGCAUAACCUCGAACCGACGUGCAGUAAUGUGUUAGGUUUGUGAUAAUUUUGUUGAAAAAUAGUGAAAAUGACUGAGCAAGUAGAAUUUGUUGACAUCCUCGAGCCGAGGAGGACGCAGUCAGGCAUCUUCAGUUUCAUGACGAGGAACUGGCAUCCGCAACGUACUCUGAAAUUGGAUAAAUACUUCACGCCGCAAGAGCUAAAAGAUAUCGCUGCAAAUUCUGUAUAUUUAGACGCUUUUAUUGAAGCAGAAUGUUCCAGAAGUGGUCAGAGCAAAGAAAAGCUGCACCAGGAAGUACACAACUACUUGGAAGAGAUGGGCCUGGAUAAGAAGAUGCACGUCAUCCGGUGGAUGGGAGUCAUAUUCCUCAAGAUAUCAUUCAUGAUGAAGAUUAAGAUGUUUGUGAACGAAGCUGCAGCUUUUAAUCUAAAGUCAGUGAUGGGCAAUAAUCCAGUUCUGUUCCUGCCAACACACAGGAGCUAUGCAGACUUCUGUCUCAUGACCUACUUGUGUUAUCAUUUCGAUAUUGACUUUCCUGCAGUGGCAGCUGGCAUGGAUUUCUAUUCCAUGGCGGUAAUAGGGCGCCGUAUGAGAGAAACAUGCGCGUUCUACAUCCGCCGCACAUUGGCCGGCGAUCCGUUAUACGCUGCUACGCUCAAGCAAUAUGUACGAACUGUAGUGGGCAAGCAUGCUGCACCCAUCGAGUUCUUCCUUGAAGGCACGAGGAGUAGGAGCAAUAAGAGUAUGCCCCCUAAAUAUGGUAUGUUAUCAAUGACCCUGGUACCGUACUUCGCGCACGAGGUGACGGACAUCACGGUGGUUCCCGUCAACAUCAGCUACGAUCGACUGAUGGAACACUCACUCUUCGCGUACGAGCAUCUCGGAGUACCCAAGCCGAAGGAGUCUACUGGGGGCUUCCUGAAGGCGCUUCACACAUUAAACGACCACUUCGGCAACAUAUACAUCAACCUCGGCGCCCCACUCUCCAUCAGGGAAUUCCUCAAAAACGACACCUCCCACUCCCAAGAAACACUCAAACCUCUAGACAUGCAGCAACUCACCCCUGACCAGUUUAAACAAGUCCAAAGCAUUGCUGACUACGUCAUCACCUUACAGCAGAAGAAUACAGUUGCCACAAUCUCUAAUCUUCUGUCACUAGUAUUAAUGCAGAGUCUUAUGAAGAACGUGCCUUUGGAGUUCGAAGAAGUGCUUCAAGAAGUCGGCUGGAUGGUCCAGGAGUUAAGGAAUUUGGGCGCCACAGUCUUCGAGAAUGAUGUGAGGAGUAGCGUGGAGAGGAUCCUGGUGGUACAUCGGAAGAUGAUGAGGUUGGAUAAGGAGAGGCGGUUGAGACUGAUUUCUGGAAUUCUGGUGGAUUUGUCCAGUGAUGUUAAGAAGAAAAUGAAAGGUCACAUACUGCAAGCGCAGACGAUGGUGGCAGCAGUGCCGGUCAUACAGCUGCAGUUAUACGUGAACCCCAUACUGCACUACCUGGUGCCGCCUGCCAUCAUCUGCCUCAUUGUGCAUAGAUCUGCUACUGCUAGAGAUCGUUUGGAAGCCGAUUACCACCGCGUACGAAAGUUACUCAGUCACGAGUUCUUCCACUUGGAGAAGGAAGAACCCAACACAUUCGCCAAAGCGUUGGAGUACUGCAUACAAAACAGCGUUAUAUCGUAUAACGGUGAGUUGUACGCGCUGGGUGAGGACACGAAGCUGCAGUACCUGCUCAAGUGGUCCGUAUGGCCAGCGCUUACUUCGCUGUUGAAGUGCGCACAAGUUAUGACUGAGCAAUCAAGUUGUGCCCACAAGCAAGCCCUGAAGCUGGUGCAACAGCGGGUUGAGAGUGAGCGAGUGCACCCAUACUGCCUCAGUUUGGAAGCCACCGCCAACUGCCUCAAUGGACUCGUCGCAGCAAACGCCCUUGUUAGAAAUAAAGGAGAGGGCGACAUCAUUUACGAAUUGGUGCCUCAUAAAAUGCAGGAGUGUCACAAUCUAGUCAGUUCUAUUCUACCUACAUUUAGCGUAGACUUCACGAAUAAUGCCGUCGUUGUAGACCAUAAGGCCUUAUCUAGGCUUUAAUAAAA